AUGGGGACUUUACAUCGAAUUUUUCGCUCAAGAUCUGUUGAUCGUUUUGCUCGAUACACACCUACGCCGCUUUUAUCAAAACGAACAUUAUCAUCCAAUUAUGUGAAUGGUAGUAUUAACUAUGAUAUGUUACUUUUAAUGAACGAUGGUAGUUCAACAUACGAAAGACGUGAAGAUGAAAAACAUCAACUGGCUAAACUAAAUGAUAAGUUUGCAUCCUAUAUAGAUAAAAUAAUAUUGUUAGAAGCGGAUAGUAAAACAUUAGAUAUGAGAUUAGAGUCAUAUCAAAAAUUUCUUGACGAUGGUAAAGAUAUUCAUAAUAAUUUAAAAUUGAAUGUAGAUAGAAUUUAUAAUGAUGAGCUGAAAAAAUUAAGUGACAGACUAAAAUCAGUUGAAAAUGAAAUACGUAGAUUAGAACAAGAUUUAUCACGCGAAGAAAAAGAAAAUAAAAAAUGCAUUGAAGAAUAUAGAUUUAUGGUGAAUAGAAAAUCAAACAGUGAAAAGGAUCCGAAAUAUGAAAAAGAAAUACAUGAUAUACAACGAAAAAUACAGUUAAAUAUUACAGAAAUAAUUAAAUAUCGACAAAUAAUUAAUGAGAAAAAGAUUGAUUCAAAAUACUUAAAAGAAGAACAACAAUUGUUAGGAAAUGAAAUAACUGGUAUCCAGAGAGGAUUACAAAAUGUUAAAUUAGAAAAGAUUUCAUUGGAACAAAAUAAAAUAGUAAGCAUUUAUUUGAAGUUUUCUACAUCUUACGAUUAUGAGAGUAUCAGAGAUAUACACUGCAAAUUUAUAAAAUUUGUUUGA